CAAGAUUAAGAAAAACCCAAAAAAAAAAAAAAUGUGUACCCUGGAGAAACACGGCAACGUUUUCAUCUUGACCUUAACUGGUUCCUCCGAUCUAGACGAGCACCGGUUCAGUCCACGCGUGAUCGACUCCAUACUCUCCGCGCUCUCCCAAGCCAAAGCUCAAGCCACUCCCGGGUCGAUUCUUGUCACCACUUCUCAUGGCAAAUUCUUCUCCAACGGUUUCGACCUCGCCUGGGCCCAAGCUGCCGGCUCUAGAACCGGUGCCCGAGAACGUCUCCACCAGAUGGUCGAAGAUUUUAAGCCCGUUGUAGCAGCCAUGAUCGCUUUACCCAUGCCCACCGUAGCCGCCAUCAACGGCCAUGCCGCUGCCGCCGGCUUCAGUUUGGCUUUGAGCCACGACUACGUGCUGAUGAGGCGUGACAAAGGCGUGCUGUACAUGAGCGAGGUGGAUAUCGGGCUCACUUUGCCUGAUUAUUUUGUGGCUCUGUUUCGGGCGAAGAUUGGGUCGGCUUCGGUUCGGCGCGAUAUCUUAUUAAGGGCCAGGAAGAUCAAGGGAGAGGAGGCGGUGAAGAUGGGGAUUGUGGAUUCUGCGCAUGAUAGCGUGGAACAGGUAGCUGAGGCUAGCAUGCGCCUGGGGAAGCAAUUGGCAUCCAGGAAAUGGAGUGGUGAGGUGUAUGCGGAGAUAAGGAAGAGUUUGUAUCCGGAGCUAUGCGGCGUUCUGGGAUUGGCUCAAAAAGUGGUUUUGGCCAAUUCUAAGCUCUGAUGAUCAUCUCAAAAGUGUUUUGGAUUAAAUAAUUAAUGACGUCCAAGAGAUUGGGUUACAAAAGAGAUUAGAUAGUUGAUUGAUGUUUUUAUAAUAAAGAAAUAUUUGAAGCUUUGGAAGUUUAUCAUUGCAAUUGUUCAUCAUCUUUA